UCUCGUUUCUCGCCAAUGUUGCGCAAGGCGCUCGCUCGGCUUCCAAAACGCUCGCAGCAGCAUCAUCGUGCAUUCCAUUCGUCGCCUGCUGCCCUCCGCGUCGUUGCGACGAACCCUGUGAGAGCGCAGGAGGUCACUUCAUUAGCGGCGGAGGGAAAGUAUCCAGUAUUCGACCAUGAAUAUGACGCAGUUGUAGUAGGUGCUGGUGGUGCAGGCUUACGAGCAGCUUUCGGUCUUGCAGAGGCAGGCUUCAACACGGCAUGCAUCACGAAGUUAUUCCCGACGCGUAGUCACACCGUCGCAGCGCAGGGAGGUGUUAACGCCGCUCUUGGGAACAUGACUGAGGAUGAUUGGAGGUGGCAUAUGUAUGAUACUGUCAAAGGAUCCGACUGGCUCGGUGACCAAGAUGCCAUUCACUAUAUGUGCCGCGAAGCGCCAAGGUCAGUCAUCGAGCUCGAACAUUUCGGUGUGCCGUUCUCUCGAACGAAGGAGGGCAAGAUUUACCAACGUGCCUUCGGUGGUCAAUCACUCAAAUUCGGCAAGGGCGGUCAAGCAUAUCGAUGUGCAGCUGCCGCCGACCGAACAGGACACGCCAUCCUUCACACCCUUUACGGACAGUCCCUCCGUCACAACACUAACUUCUUCAUCGAAUACUUCGCACUUGACCUUAUCAUGCAAGAUGGUGAGUGCGUGGGUGUAAUGGCAAUAAACAUGGAAGACGGCACUUUGCAUCGAUUCCGCUCACAUAAGACCGUUCUCGCGACUGGUGGAUACGGGCGAGCAUACUUCAGCUGCACAUCAGCGCACACAUGUUCGGGUGACGGCAAUGGUAUGGUGGUCCGCGCCGGUUUGCCACUCCAGGAUCUCGAAUUCGUUCAAUUCCACCCAACGGGUAUUUACGGUGCUGGAUGUCUAAUCACCGAGGGUUCUCGUGGCGAAGGCGGAUACCUGCUUAACUCCGAGGGUGAACGGUUCAUGGAGCGUUACGCGCCAACCGCGAAGGACCUUGCCUCUCGUGAUGUCGUUUCUCGUAGUAUGACCAUCGAAAUUCGUGAGGGUCGUGGUGUUGGACCUGAAAAGGACCAUAUUUACCUGCAGCUAAGCCAUUUGCCUGCUGAGGUCCUUCAUGAGCGCUUGCCAGGCAUUUCGGAGACUGCGGCUAUCUUCUCUGGUGUUGACGUCACUAAGGAGCCGAUUCCUGUAUUGCCGACGGUUCAUUACAACAUGGGUGGUAUUCCGACAAAGUACACUGGCGAGGUCUUGACUAUCGAUGAAAAUGGCAAAGAUAAGGUCGUUCCCGGUCUCUACGCCGCUGGCGAAGCCGCGUGUGUCUCAGUACACGGUGCAAACCGUCUCGGCGCAAACUCGCUUCUUGACAUUGUCGUCUUCGGCCGAGCAUGCGCACAUCACAUUAAGGAGAACCUUGAGCCGGGCAAGCCGCACAAGCAGGUUGACGAAAAUGCUGGAAUGCAGUCUAUCGAGUUCCUUGAUAAGAUUCGCACGUCUGAUGGACCAAUCCCUACUGCCAAGUUAAGACUUGACAUGCAAAAGGCUAUGCAGACCGACGCUGCUGUGUUCAGAACGGAAGAAACGCUUGCUGAAGGUGUCGAUAAGGUCACGCAGAUCUAUAAGGACUAUGAUAAGGUCGGCAUUAAGGAUAGGAGUAUGAUUUGGAAUUCCGACUUGAUUGAGACUCUCGAGCUCCGUAAUCUCCAACAAUGCGCCAUCCAAACUAUCACCGCUGCCCUCGCUCGUAAGGAGUCGCGCGGUGCGCAUGCACGCGAGGACUUCCCUGAGCGCGACGACGAGAAAUGGAUGAAACACACUCUCACCUUCCAACCUGACCCAUCAAAGCCAGACGUAGUGAUCAAGUACCGGAACGUCAUUGACAAGACGCUCGAUGAGAAUGAGUGCAAGUCUGUACCGCCGUUCAAGCGUGUGUAUUAGAUGCGCGGUUGAAGGUAUACACCAUGGCCCUUCUCGAGUGCGGGUGAAAAGAAGUUCCUUCAUCGAGUCGCUUGAGAGGAAGGGAGGUACAGGUUUGAGUUCGAGGUUUUAGUACUUACUUGUUGUGCAUGCCAACACAAAAGACCGACAUGUAAUCAGUUGUCUCAAUGCAAUUUUUUUUUCACUUGAACCGAUUUCUGUUAUGACUUGUUACUUGUCAUUGAUGACCACCAUACUUUUCAAAAUAGAGAGAUUCCU